UAAAUACUUCUACUUCCUGGUAGACACGACUAACGUUGUGAGUCGCUCUCCGGAGAGUCCAGUCGUCUGCAGAGUCUCAGUCGAGCUGAGCGCGAUGGGGAAAAUAGAGUGGGCGAUGUGGGCCAAUGAGCAGGCUCUGGCUUCGGGACUGAUUCUCCUCACUGGAGGUGUCGUGGGAGUGGCUGGACAGUUCAGGGGCUGGCAGUUUGCUGCCUAUGCUGUUGCUGCUGGAGUUUUUGUGUGCCUUCUUGAGUAUCCCAGAAGCAAGAGGUCCAAGGGCAAAAGUGUGGAGAGAACGGGCCAGUACUGCUUCACUGUGUGUGUAAAAGCUUUUGGGCCGUUGACAAGGAACUACUAUGUCAGAGCAUUUUUACAUGCUGCACUCUGUGUACCUGGAGGUUUUAUGCUCGCCACUGUUCUCGGAUGUGUCUGCCUCGGUAUUGCCAGCCUUAUCUACCUUGCGGCAGCUAUUCUUGGUGAACACUGGGAGCCCAUUCUUCCACAAAAGGAGAUCCGAACUCCAGCAGAAAGCAUGAAGAAACCUCCUCAGAAUCCACCUCCAAGACCUCCUCCAGAGAUGCGCAGGAAACGGGCAGAGGACCUGGAGGGAGCAGCCUAUGAUAACCCCAUAUCUGUUACCGCCAACGAGUAACCAGUCCAGUACCCCAUCCUCUGUAUCUCUUCCAAUGUCUCCCUGAGAUCUUCGUACAAUUCAAUCGAUCAAAACCAGUCACAGCGGGACGUCACCAGGUUCUGUGAUUCUGGACAAAUUAAUAGUUUUCUGAAGUUUGAUGAAGCCAGUGACUGGACAACAUUUCGGGUCCAUGCCUUUGUACCUCAACCUGCAGAGAAAUAUCUUGAAUACAGAGGAAAAAUGUUUCUCAGCAAGAACUGAGAAUUCAAAGGAGGAUGGGUAAAUGUGAAUAUCACAUUUUAAUUUUGAACAAAAAACAUAGGAGAUAAAUGUAAAUGCUAUAGCUGCUAAGUGGCAACCACAUAUAAAUAUUGUCGUGUCAAAGGACUGUAUGUUGUAUAUUUACUGCUGUGAUAAAAGUACAAACCAAUACCUGUUUUCUGCUGCUGCCACCAUAUAUUUUAAACUCAGUUGCAUCCGUUGUGUUGUGUUGCCAUGCAUUGAUCUCACAAUGUAUUAUAUACUGUAUAAAGUAUAUAACACUUUUGUUAACCCUUCUGUAUUUGAGUAUUUUUUGAAGUCAACUAAUUACAAUACUAUAGGGGUUCACUGUUCUGUUUGCUAGGAUUAAAUUGACACAUCUUUAGGCAGUAUCAGGCUGAUAUUAACCAUAUUUCAAUUUUUUUUUCUCUGUGCUUUUAAGGUGUUUUAAAUAAAUCCAUUGUACCAGUAGAACCUAUCUGUCUUACAUUUGUACUUUCAUGCAUGGUAUUUUACAAGUUUCUUUUGGAAAAUUAUUUUAAGUAAGGACAUUUGCAACUUCCCCCUUUCGCAAACACUGAAUUUCAAUACACUAGAAUUUCCCUUGUGUAUCUCAAGUGUUUUUUUUUUUACCCGCAUUGUUUGUAAAGUUUCCAUCUGUAGUUGGCUCAUGAUAGAUAGAAUGUACAAUCAUAUAUCUGGCUUAAUGCCAGUUGUCAGACAAGUUAAGUGCAUUUGUGUCAUAUCUUUUCUCAUUUCUCAGGGUUUUCUUUUUGUUGGUCACAGCCGAAUGGUUAAGCAGCUGGAAUCUGUGUGGAAAUCAGAGAGGUACAAUGCCACUUCCUCAUUUCAGUUUGUUGAGCUGUAACGUGAGACACACCACUAAUGUAUGUACUUAUUGGAGUUACAUUAUUAUCAUUAUACAUGAAUGUCUUUUAUGAAUAUUUACAAGUUAAAUUCAUAUAAUAUCUUGUACACAACCU